AAAUUAUAUUGUGUUAAAUUAACACAAAAAUUUAAUCGGAGUGAAAUUAUUGAUUUGCGGUUACUUAUUUAAUUAGACUUACCUCGAUAUAUCCGCGACAUGCAGAGGACACAUUCAUUCAUCAUUCUCUUUUUGCUCGCGGUGCUCUCCGCUUGCUGUUUGGCCGUCAACCAGACCACCUUCGUGAAUACCACGAAAACAACACUUAAAAUACUUGGUGUCUUCGGACAUCCUGGUAAGAGUCAUUUUGACGUGUUCAAGCCGCUUUUGGAGGAACUAGCUCGAAGAGGUCACGAGAUCACUGUGGUCUCGUACUUCCCUAGAAGCGACAGUGUCAAGGCGAAAGAGCCGCUACCCAAUUAUAAGGACGUCAAUUUAGCGAAUCCCAAGGACGGCGUCUUUGUGGAAGUGAUCGAUCUCCAACAGAUUAAUCACGCGUGGUACCGUCCUCUGUUAGAUAUCUACAUGCUGAGGUUCAUGGCAGAUUACGCGUGUAACACCGGUCUGCGGACUCCAGCUGUGAAAGAAUUCCUUCGAUCCAACGAAAAAUUCGAUCUGAUUCUCACGGAGAACUUCAACACCGAUUGCUUUUUGGGUUUUGUUCAUCGCUUUAAGGCACCGUACAUGGCUCUGUCGUCGCAUCAAAUCAUGCCGUGGACCAACAGCGAUAUGGACAACUCGAACGAUCCCAGUUACAUCCCGAUUAUAUUCGUCGGUUUCGUUAAACCUAUGAAUUUUCUCAAUCGAAUGCAAAAUACACUGUUGGUGUCGUUGUCUGAAGUGAUCUACGACUAUUGGUUCCGAGCUGUCGAUCAGGUCACCGCUAACGAAGUCUUCGGUUCGGAUCUUCCCAAGCUGGAAGAAAUCGCCCAGCAGUCGCAAGCGUUGCUGGUGAACACCCACAGUAGCAUUCACGGCAGCCGGCCGCAGUUACCGAAUGUAGUGGAAAUCGGUGGGCUCCACAUCCCGUCCAAGGUCAACCCGCUGCCAAAGGACAUAGCUAAAUUUCUCGACGGCGCCCACGAAGGGGUGCUGUACUUCAGUUUGGGCUCCAUGAUCAAGAUGACUUCGAUGCCACCCAAGAAGCUCGACGCGAUAUUAAAGGUGCUUGGCUCGAUACCGCGGAAAGUGCUUUGGAAAUGGGAGGCUGACGAAUUACCGCACAAGCUGGACAACGUUAUGGCCAGGAAAUGGCUGCCCCAGUUCGACGUGAUGAACCAUCCGAAUGUCAAGUGUUACUUUGGUCACGGCGGACUUCUCGGCCUCUCGGAGGGUGUCUACGCGGGUAAACCGAUGAUUCUGAUGCCGAUGUUUGGCGAUCAAUUCCACAAUUCCGCCGCCGCGGCGUCCAGAGGUGCCGCGGUGGUGAUUGCGUACGACAGUUUAACGGAACAGUCAUUCAGACGCGCUGUGGACGAGGUUUUCAACAAUACCAGUUACCGUGAGAACGCCCAGAGGCUUUCGAAAGCUUACCGCGAUCGAGCUGCCACGCCGCUGGAGACAGCGAUAUGGUGGACGGAAUACGUCGCCCGGGGCAAUGGCAGAUCUUACUUCCGCAGCGACGGCGCGGGUCUGCUCUGGUACCAGCGUCACCUCGUCGACAUCGGGCUUGUUUUGAUCGUCGUCUUCGCGAUGUUCAUCUACAUCCUCAUCCGGUUGAUCAAGCUGCUGCUGUCGUUGCUCCGCGUCCUCAAAGGAGCGCUCUUUAGCCGGGCCGACGAGAACAAGUGGAAGAAAAAGAACUGAUGACAGACGCCGCACCACUGUAAAGCAUUGCGUAAAAAAAGGAAAAAAUCAAUUUAGGUGAAAGAUAGCAGAGAACAUGAUCUAUCAUAAAUAUAAUCAAUACUCGGAUUGUGAACGAAUUUUUUAACGGUGGAGACGGAAUAAUCGGGCGGAAAUAAAUCGGUCAAUGCAAAAAAUCCGUUUUAGCGGAAAAUUUUUUUAGAAGAAAAUUCAGUUAGAUUCACGCGGCCGUUUGUCAUUAAAUCUCUCGUUCAUAA